ACCAGGAUUAGGGUGGAGUGAUAUUCUUUUCUAGAUAUGUGAUAUAACCAUUGAUACCAGUAAUAAUGUCGGAAAAAGUGUCUGGCAUACCAGUUAAACGAAAUCCUUCAACACCAAAUAGCCCGAAAAAGAAAGAGGGUCCUGUAAGAUCCUUAAUCAGUGAAAAAGAACACGUUUUAGAAAAAUCACAAUAUCCCCAAAUGGAUAAAUCAGGUGAAAUCUCUCAAUCAUCCGUUAGUGAUGGGAGUAAGAAAAGUGAUGAUGUUCUAAAAACAACAUUCACUACAAAAGAAAAUGAUCAUCCAAGAAAUGAGAAUCUGCUCUACUUUACGAUGUUGGCUGUUGUCACUGUUUUGGCAUUUUUCACAAGAUUUUACAACAUCGAAAUACCUGCAUGGAUUUGUUGGGAUGAAACUCAUUUUGGAAAGAUGGGUAGCUGGUAUAUAAACCAUUCAUUCUUCUUCGAUGUUCACCCUCCACUUGGAAAGAUGCUAAUAGGUAUGUCAGGAUACCUGAGUGGUUACGAUGGAGAAUUUCCCUUUAACAAACCAGGUGACGAAUAUGGGGACGUGCAAUAUGUGGGCAUGAGAAUGUUCUGUGCAACUCUCGGUGCCGCUUUGGUUCCGCUGGUGUUUAUGUCCACUUGGCUCCUGUGCCGGUCCACCACUGCUGCUCUGUUUGCUGCAGCAUUCGUCCUCUUUGACACUGGUGUGAACACUCUAUCCAGAUACAUCCUUCUUGACCCCAUUCUCAUGUUCUUCAUCAUGGCAUCUACAUACGCACUGCUAAAAUUCCUCUCAUUACGAGACAGACCAUUUACAUUUAUAUGGUGGUUAUGGUUGAGUAUGACGGGCAUCUUCCUGUCGUGCUCUAUAGGGGUAAAGUUUGUUGGCUUGUUUGUCAUCCUGCUGGCUGGUUACAGCACUGUUGAUGAUCUCUGGAGGUUGUUAGGCAACCAAAACUUAUCCAUGGUUUUUAUUGUGAAGCAUUUCCUUGCCCGAGCCUUGUGCCUGAUAGGCUUGCCUGUUAUCUGUUAUAUGCUGAUCUUUGCCGUACAUUUCAAGGUGCUCUAUAAAACGGGAGGUGGAGACGGGUUCUACAGCUCCCAGUUCCAGUCACAGCUCGAGGGCAACAGAUUACACAACGUCAGCAUGCCUGACAGGCUGGCGUAUGGCAGUGUGUUUUCUCUGAAGCAGCAGAGGACUGGUGGGGCGUACCUCCACUCCCACUGGCAUCUCUACCCUGAGGAACACCCACCAAGGCAACAACAGGUGACGACGUAUAGCCACAAGGAUGAGAACAACAUGUGGCGAGUGAAGCCAGCAAUCGAGGAGGCUGAUGUCAAGGGUCCACCGGUCAUUGUGAGAAACGGAGACCUCGUCAGGCUUGAACAUGUUGGUACCCGACGUAACCUGCACACCCAUAGAGAGCCAGCACCAUUAACACCGAGACACUUUCAACUGACAGGAUAUGGUCAGGAUGGUGUUGGUGAUGCCAACGAUGUGUGGCAGAUCCAGGUGCCCGGGGCGGAGGAGGGCUCAGAGUUGAUGGCUGUGAGGUCAAAGUUGAGGCUCGUCCACUACUAUGUAAGAUGUGCCCUACACUCGCAUGACAAGAAACUGCCAAAAUGGGGCUGGGAGCAGCUAGAGGCCACAUGUAAUCCCAAUACGAAGGACCCUAAAACCCUCUGGAGCGUCGAAGAAGUCAUUGACCCCAGAUUGCCAAAUGUGAGUUUCGAGGUCUACCAUCCUUCCUUCCUGGACAAAUUUCUCGAGAGCCAUGCUGUAAUGACCCAGGGUAACUCUGGUCUCAAACCAAAGGAAGGGGAGGUAACCUCCAGACCCUGGCAGUGGCCCAUCAAUAUCAGGGGUCAGAUAUUUUCUGGCAUGCACCACAAGGUCAUACUGCUGGGAAACCCAGUCCUCUGGUUUGGCGUACAUGCUCUGAUGGUUCUCUUCCUCAUCCUUUAUGCCGUGCAUGCAUUCAGACUACAGAGGGGUGCCAAAAUGUCUCAGAUGUAUCUUGAGUUCAGUGAGUGUAUGUUUGGAGCAUGUUGGUGGUUGAUGGCAGCCUGGGCCCUCCACUAUUUGCCAUUCUGGCCAAUGACCCGUGUCCUGUACUUCCACCAUUAUUUCCCAGCAUUCCUCUACAGCUGCAUGCUCGCAGGUGUGGUUGUGGACUACAUGAUAAAGCUGGUGUGUCUGGUGGCCCCACCCUCCCUGUCUGUCACUCUGUUCCAUAUUGCGGUUGGGCUGGUCCUCUCUGCAACCUCAUACAGUUUUUACCUGUUUCACCCUCUUACAUUCGGCAUGGGACCUGGCAGUUCCCAAGAAGAAGGCCACAUCAUGCAUGGUCUGCGUUGGCUUGACUCUUGGGAGUUUUAGACAUACCAGUUCCCAAGAAGAAGGCCACAUCAUGUAUGGAGGUGUUAAUUGAGUCUUCAGAGUAUUAGACAUACCAGUUCUCGUCACCUGGCAGUUCCCGAGAAGAGGGCCACAUCAUGUAUGGUUUGGGUUUACUUGACUCUUGGGAGUUUUAGACAUACCAGUUGUUAUCAUGAUGUUGUUGUUCUUAAAACCUCUUGAAGAGUAAAAACUGAACGAUAUGAAUAAAUCAUGAACCUUCGUUACUCUUCAUGUACUGUAGUUAAUUAAUUUACCUAGUUUUAUAGUCGAUUCCCUGUGGCAAUAACUUGAAUCUCAUUUUGUAUGUUUAUUGAAUAGAGAAAAACAACAACAAACAUUGUGCUUGUUAUGUUAUUGGAUACCAUUACUGUAAUGAUUACAUGUAUACACACUAUAUUUAGAUAGCGCUUAUUUAUUUGGGGUGCAUUUUGAGGGUUUUGUUCAGACACAAAUGAUAAUAUAUUUUACAUCAUAAAUGAUGUAUGUUUUGUUUUUUCAUAAUUGUUAUUACAAUUUACAAUUUAUCAUAUUUUUUAUUAUGCAUUUAUAUAACAUAGAAUACAUCUACACAUAUAUUGCCAGACUAUAUUUGACUGGUAUUAGAACUGUUUUUUGCAUUUUUACUUGCUUGAAACCUUUAAACAUUGAAAGCUUUAAAUGAAAUUGUGUUCAGGAUUAAUGUACAUGGUAUUAAGUAAAUGCCACAGCAGUUUAUAUAGACUAGUCAAAGUUGUUUUUCAUGUCAAUGUUCUUAGUCGCAUUUUUCUAGCACACCGGAUAGGCAUUUCCAGUGAAUUCAGCCGCGCUGGAAAACUUGUGCUGUGAUGUAAUACUUUUCAUUUCUUUUGUUUUACACUUUAUGUAACCAUCAUUAUGAGAUUUCAAUAGAUGAAUUCCAUAAACAUUAACUUUACAAAAAUGUACAUUCGCAACGAAAUAAAAUAACCCUUAAAAGACGUGAAACCGAAGAAACUUCUUGGUGUAUGCAGUGAAUGUAAAUUACUGCGCAUCAUGACGUCAGCCAACACAUCGCAAGAGCUUUUUGGUGAAAUGUACAAAAAUGCGCUUUUCUUUGUAUUUUUUUCUCAAAAAAAUGUUAUUCAAGGUGUGCUAGAAAAAUAUUAAUCAUGUGUUUCCGUUCCGGAUAGAAUAAUCCGACCCUCGGUACACUGCGUAGUCGGUAGCUCUGCAAGCUUUGUUACCUGGCAAUGCAAGUGCCCUCGGGUCGGAUUUUUCUAUCUGGAUCUGGAUCUGAACACAAAACAGAUAUUAUUAGUACGAGUAGAACAUCUAAUCAAAUCACAACUAGAAAGUACAUAGUGUGACUAGGAAACAGUAGUUAAAGGGAAACAUCCCUCCAAAAACAACAACCUAGCGUUGCUCUGUGAUGAUCCUAUUUGAUUGUGAAGUGCAUUUUUAAACUGGUGUCUGACUAUUCCAUUGUUUUACUGUAGCUGAAACAAUAGCUCUAACAAAUACUAAUGUUUAAAUGUUAUUAGAAAGAUUCUGUCAUAUAUUCUUGUUACAAGAACUGGUCAUAAGGACAUCCCCAUGACUAAGCUGUAUUUUCCCAUUAACUGUCUUCCACACAUGAGGCCAUAUAAAUUUAUUUUAUUACUAGAUAAAAAAGCUUAUCAGUAGUUUGAUUUUAACGUUUUUCAACAUAGAAAUUUCAAUUAAAGAUGCACUCUUACUCCCAUAUAAGCAGUAACACAAUUAAUACAAUUGAUUUGAUUUACCAAAAAGGACGAAUUAAUAUGGAAAACAAAGGUUCUUAUGAAUGAUACUUUGUUUUAUUUGAAAGUUAGGUGCAGAACACACAAUAUUUCUACCUUAUAAGACAAUAGUUCAUCACUAUAAAUAUUUUAGGACUCACAAGUCAUUUACUUAUUAAUAUUUUCCAUUAAUGCAUUAUUUAGUAAGUAGUUAAAGGUUUAUCAAUCAAAAUUUAUGUUUGCUACACAUGUGUAUGCAUUGAUUUAUUGAUUUUAAAUACGAGUGUCAAUUGAAGGCCUUACAAAGUUUGAAACUAGUCAGCAUCUUCAUUAAAUCUAGAAGGAAACUCAAUUCCAAGGAUAUUUCUCUUUAAAGCAUUUGAAAUUCUGAAGUUGAAUAUAUUUCUUCUAUUUGUAACACCUGAUACUAUACAAUGCAUGCUGAAUAUUACCUGUAAAAUUAUGUAAUAUAUAUACUUGUUUUAAGCAAUGCAUUUUUUGAUUGUUUAACAAAGAGCUCGCAUAUUUUGAAUACUUGUGGGUUUUUUUAAAUGUGUUCAUGAGAAAACUAGUUAUAAAGCUUGAAUUGAUAUUUAUAAAAAAAAAAAACAUUAUUCCUGUACAAGUCAAUUUUUGCUUGUCUGUUUUUGAAAGAUUAUUUUUCAAGGUAUCGUGAUAGUGUUGUUGAUGUUGUUGUUGUUGUAGUCAUCGUCAUGCAAUAACUUGAACCUGACCAAAUCCAAAUUACAUUCAAUAUAGAUAGACAUGUAUAUCUGGUCAAUAACUUUGGAUUUAAAUAUUAUCAGGUUAUGAUCCUUGUUUGACUGAAAUAACAACAACAACCUAGCGUCACUCUGUGAUGAUCUUAUUUGAGUAUUGUGAAGUGCAUUAUUUAACUGGGGUCAGACUUUUCCACUGUGUUACUGUAGCUGAAACUAUAACUCUUAAAAAAAUACUAAUGAUUAAUUUUAAUUAGAUAGAUUCUGUCAUAUAUAUUUUUACUUUUGUAAUUAAAUGCGGGUUUUUCCUUGUGGAAUCAUUCAUUAAAAAAUAGUCAUUAGUUAUUAUGAAUAAGUUAUUAAUUAAUAAAUUAACAUGUAUAAUAUUAAAAUAAUAAAACUAACUAAAUGAAAAUCUAUGUGUUGUUUUAUUGGUGUCAUUUAUAAAUUAAUAUCCAAGUUUAAUGAGUCAACAUACAUGACCGAGGGGCAUUCAUUAUAUUAUUAAAUGGAUUUGAAUAAAUCAGACAAACCAUACAAUAACUUAUUGUUUAUUAUGUAACAAAACGAAACAACACCAGCAAUGCGAUUGUCCAUAGCAAUGCAAUAUACAUAUAUAGUAAAGAGAUUAUCAGAGUGGCGUAAAUGGUCAUGUGGCUUGUGACGUAAAAUCCCGGCACCAGUUGAACAAGUUAUGCGUAUCGAAAGUGAAAAUUUUUCGCCGUGCAUACACGUACAGUAAAACAAACAGACGUCCCUGACUUGACACAUGUUUUGAAUGGGCAGAAAAACACCACGCGGUUUUCUGCCACAUGCAAGUCUGGGGACUGACACGGAAACUAGCUUGACACAUGACUGGCCAGUGAACCAGAGCACUGGCACCUGCAUGCAAGCGUACAUUUAUACACAUGACACAACAAGCUUGACACAUGUCUGGUCGGUGAACCAAAGCACCGGCACCUGCAUGCAAGCGUACUUACACAUAGACACGUUUAACACAUUUACAGCACGGCGUUACCUAACUAAUGCAAAUAAAUAAGAACUAAUUGGAAUGCAGUCCCAGCACCACGAGUAAGACAAUUGAGCCGAAGUUCCUUUACCCGCAGUUUGGGAGAGCAGACCUUGUAUAAUAAGUAUUGGUUAGAAAUCUGGCUAAAUUCAGUUUAAAAGAUUUGUUAUUCGCCUGCCGCCAGAAUUUUACGCCCACACGACUUAAAAGGACAAAAAAAAAGAAAAAAGAAAAAAAAGAAAAAAGAAAAGAGUACAUGUUCGUAGUUUAAAGCUUUAAAACACUGUUGUGUCUGCAUUGUUCCAACAAAAAGGCAUUGCCGUAUGCUCCCUAUGACCAUUGAUAAGUGGUUGGUUUGGCGACACACUGCACUAUCUUGGUAUGAUUGUUUCUGAAGACUGGUCCGGUGGUGUUCGGUGUGAGCUGGAACCCGAGUGGCUUGGGCCCCUAGUUAGGCAUAGCUUGCUCGCUGAUGUUGCUACGAGUGAUGUGCUGUCUCUCAGAACGCAAGCUGCCGAAAACUGCAAUUAUAAAGAACUCACCAGCAGCAUUUUGAAUGAAACGGCAUUAUGAAAGAUUAACAUGUACACACUAUUGAAGUGAUGUUUCAUACGGGUCAUUCAGAUUAUAUUAAUAUUUUAAUCGGGUGUGGUGGGUGGGUAAAUAAUAUUUUUUCGGUAUUUUUCCCACGUGUUACUCCUUCGAAGGUUAGCGAGAAAAGAACGUGCUGGGCUAGUCACGUGGUCAAGUAAUCGGAUGACCGGAGCGUUCCGCAUGUUGAUUUCCGGGCAACCACGUGUGUUUACCCGUAUCUAGGAAGUAUUUCCGAGAAAUCGUAGAUAAAAAGAGAAAACAAUUUAUUCCGUCUUAAUAAAUGAAAUUAUUUCCAUAUGUAAAUAAUUUUUAUUAUUAAAUGGAUUUGAAUAAAUCAGACAAACCAUACAAUAACUUAUUGUUUAUUAUGUAACAAAA